UUCUCAAGGUGCUGCUGCGUGUGAUUUUUCGGAGCGGGUGGACCCGUGCUUUCUGUCCUGCUGCUCCUCAGGGUUGACUCUCUCUUGACUUGACUGGCCCAGACGGAUGCUCUGACCUACUGAUACUCAGAGGCAGGAUGGUCCACAGCCCCGGCAGAGAGCAGUAAGACCAUGGCGUGGAGGGGACGCCACGUUGGCCGGACCGCACUCUGGGCCUCUCUUCUCCUCCUCCUCAGUGUGUCCCUCCUGCUGUCCCCCGCCCUGGCCGGACCAGCCCGCUCCCCCAUCCUUCCUGGCCAGCCCUUCCUGGUGUUCUGGGGGGUCCCCGACAGGGGCUGUCCGGGGCGCCCUGACCCUUCGGCCUUCGGCAUGGAGUGGCAGGGCCGUGCGGCUGUGUUCUACGAGGACACCCUGGGCCUGUACCCCUUCUUCACCGCCUUGGACCAACCCAUCAAUGGAGGCCUUCCGCAGCACACCAGCCUGAACACCCACCUCCAACGGGUAGAGGCUGACCUCCUGACCGCCCUGCCCCAGGCCGGGGCUCCGGGGCUGGGCGUGCUGAGGUGGAAGGAGUGGUCGCCCCAGUGGAGCAGGAACAGGGGAAAACAGGCCAAGUACCAGCAGGGGUCGCGGGCCCUGCUCAGGGGGUUCUUUCCCGACUGGAGUCCUGAGGAGGUGGAGAAGUGGGCACAGGUGGACUUUGAGGCGGCUGCUCAGGCCAUCCUGAUGGAGACCCUGCGGGAGGUCAAGCGUCUGCGGCCCCAGAGCCUGUGGGGGGUGGCUCCCUUCCCAGACUGCUACAACUCCGGCCCGCUCCAGCUCCUGCCCAACUACACAGGCCGCUGUCCGGCCGCCGAGAUGGCCCUCAACGACGAGCUCAUGUGGCUGUGGAAACGGAGCACGGCCAUCUACCCUACCCUGAUGAUGGACAAGUUCCCGCCUGGGUCCAAGGGGCCCUGGCUUUACUCCUCUAAUCAGAUUCGAGAGGCAUUGAGAGUGGCAGCUCUGGCGGGAACAGCCUACGACCUACCAGUGUUUCCAUUGGUCAGGACUGUCUAUGCAUCCACCAAUAACUACCUGUCUGAGGCAGACCUGGUGAACUCGGUGGGAGAGAGUGCUGCUAUGGGCGCCGCUGGAGUCAUCAUGUGGGAGAGAGCCUUCUUAGCAAAGACUCAGAAGUCCUGCUCUGAGAUGGCUUCUUUCAUACGGGAUGUGUUGGGCCCGUACGUGGUGAACGUCACCACGGCGACACGCCUGUGCGGCGUGUCCCUGUGCCAGGGUCGCGGGCGCUGCGUGCGCAAGAACCAGGAGGACUCCGUCUAUCUCCACCUGCCCUCCGCCAACUUCCGCCUGCUGCCCGAGGGCGCCGAGGGCGUCCGGGCCGCUGGCGAGCUUGACCCCGCCUUCCUGGACACCUGGAGGCGGGACUUCCGCUGCCAGUUCUACGAGGCCCUAGAGGGCGCCGCCGCAGACCAGGAGUCCGGAGGCUUGGACGCCCGGGGGGCCAAUGCACGCCCUGCACUUAAGUCCCCCGCCCUGGCAGGACAGGGACAAGGGCAAGGGCAGGGGCAGGGGCAGGGGCAGGGGCAGGAACAGGAACAGGGACAGGGGGGACAGGGGCAGGGGCAGGGGCAGGUGCAGGUGCAGAGUGAGGGAACGGGGGUAACAGUUGGACAAGUACCCAAGGACAGUGGCGUCUCGACUCACCAGCCCGCGGCCCAACUGCUCUUCCUGCUCAUGGCGACUGGACUCCUCUUGACCCACUGAACUCAAAGGGUCAAAGAAAGGUUGUUGUGACAAUCUUGGCCUGUGUGACUCCAUUUAAUCCAUAUCUGCUGCCUGCUUGGAUUGAGACAGCAACAAACAGCAGCAGCAGCAACUCUGAAAUGGAAGCCACAUGUAAACACUAAAUGACUCAUGCCUUUGUAUUACACAGAAAACAAAAAAAGAGUACUUUAAUUAGAAGCGGAUUUCCAUCCGAAGGGCCGGGUGUUUAUCAUUUUUGAUUCAGCUGCUGAAACAGUGCCGAGCCCCUGGAGAGCUUUACUCCUGUAACAGGACUGAUUAAACCAGACGACCCACUGCGUUCACACCAGAGAGCCUGUCCCUGCACGCAUGCGACUCCUAGCAGUGGGGAUAUUAGCUCUGAUGACACCAGCGCCACAUUUUGUGGUGUGGUGAGAGCGUAAGGGCCUUUUCAAGGGUACACACAAUAAAAUAGGUUCCUUUGUUUGUUUUUGACUUUUCAAAAAGCUCAAAACAGCUCCUUGGAGAAAUUAAAAUGUGUCUUUUUUUGUAUUCCCUUUUGAGUGGUUGCAUUGCGUAAUGGGGCACAGACAGCUUUCCCACAGAACCCUCUCUCUGUGGCUGCUCACAAUGAGACUUCACUGUCUGUCGUCACUCUCUCUCUCUCUCUCUCUCUCUCAUCACCAGUCAUUGUAAAUUUAAAUCCACUGAUGUUCAUAUUUACUACUUUGGGCAGGUUUAGAGGAAACCAGACACCAGGAUGCUCCCUGUAAGCCUACACUAUAUCCACAUGAUAGGCCAAUACCAUCUGCUCUUAGUCUAACUGCCUCCUGUGACAAGCCACAUCUUACUUAUUUUGGAAUACUACUUUAGGUCUAUAGACAAGCAACAUAUAUACAUUUCACACACACACACAGACGGACAGUAAACAUAUCCAUCAUACACAUACAGCUAUACCACAGAUACAAACCCGAUCAAAUAUGCACACACUCAAAAAAAAUAAAAAAAUCACCCGUCUUGUGACAUAUACAGUGCAUUAAAAAAGGACCCUGUUUUCUUCAGAAAGCACCUGAACUUUCAAGGGUCAGAUCAAAGGGUCUGAAAUACUAACUGUAUGUCCAUGAGAUAUUGCAGGUAUUGUUUUUAAAUAAAUCCGCAAAACAUUAUAAAAUA